UUGCCAUAGACGUCUCAUCACCUCUAAUCUAGUCCACUCUGAACUAAAGUCGCUCGUUGCUAGAAAAUACAAAACAUUCUCUGAAAAAAUGCCUGAAAGCGACGUAACUAAAAUGAAGGUGGCCGAUCUAAAGCGAGAGCUAAAACUUCGGGGGUUGCCCCUCAACGGAAACAAGAACGAGCUCCAAGACCGCCUGCAGACCGCGCUAUUAGAAGGCGACAUUUCACUGGAGGACAGUGCAAUAGCGGACGCCAUAGAUGACGAUGUGUCCCUAACUGACGAGGAUGAGCACAAGCUUCUGGCAGACGAGAACGAGGAGGAAGAGCUACUAAAGAGUCCGGUUACCACGCCCACGACUGUUGCGGUGCCAGAUUUGUUGGCAGACGAUAAGCCGACGGAUUCUGCGGCAGCUCCCGUGGCUGCGUGUCUUUCGGCGAAGAAGGUGGUGCUCAAGCGAAACAACUCGCAACAGUCUGUGGGUGUCGUUGCCACCGCGGGGAGCACCACAGCCAAGGAGAAUGCAGUACCUUCCAGUGAUGCUUCUGCUGCCAGUGAUUCAACUGAGGCGACUCCUGUCAAGAAGCAUAAGCCCAUCGUUGUGGGCAACAGACCCGAGGGCGUUAAACCCUCGGUUGACAAGAAACUCAGUGAACUGACCCCCCAGGAACGUCUGGAACUGCGCGCCAAGAAGUUUGGGAUUACCCCAACUGCCGCAGCAUCGCCUGCUGCAGCUGCAACUGCAGUUAACAAAUCCUCCAGCGCCUCCAUUACCGACAACAAGGGCAACAAGGAGACGGACGAACAGCAAAAAGAAGCUCUAAAGAGGCGCGCCGAACGCUUCGGAAACGUUGUGCCGGAAAAGGCACCCAAAACGCUGGCCGAGGAGCGCUUGCAAAAGCGAAAAGAGCGCUUUGAAGCCGCAGGCAAAGCUGCGCCGGCCGAUCCGGCAACCGAGAAAAAUAAGCCGGCCGACUCGAAGGACGUAUGGUCCGAAAAGGCUCGCGCUCGCCUGGAAAGGUUCAAGACUACGCCGGAAGCCCCUGCAGCCGCCACCAAAUAAGAUCACCCACAUUUGAAAAUUUGAUUGGAUUGUAAUAUUGUAUCUUCGUAGGAUUGUAUGGAAGGAUCCCUACCUUCAUAACACUGGAUUGUAAAAUUUUAUCUGCUUAGGAUUGGAUUGUGCACAUUUAUAAACACAUUUAUACAUUUACCAAUUAAGAACAAGUAAUUAAGAACAAACCCAAUAAACCACAUUUCACCAU